UACAAACAACUUUAGUUGGUUGAAGAAUGCAGCACAUCAUUCCAUCAUUUGUGCAACAUUCAAUCCAACCAACAACAAACCAAAAAUGAAAAAUUUACUAAUCAAAUUUAUCCUUAUUUUAUAUUGUUCAGUGGCCAUAUUGGCUAUAAAUAAAUAUUCCAAAGAAGCUAAUAGUAAUGGAUAUAGACCAUCGGAUAAACCUUUUCGAAUGCAAAAAUUAAAUAUUCUUUGGAAUCAAGCUAAUCAGAAACUUCAACCAAGAGAAUUAUCACAGUUGAUGGAAGAUCUAAAGCAUCAGGAUAUAUCAGAGAUUGAAUUGAAAAAAAUUAAAGCAGAAAAUCGAGAUCCGGAUGGAAAAACCGAAACUGAAGUUCGACGUCAAUUGCGAAUGAUUUUGAACAAAUAUGAUCUGGAAACCGAAUCCAUGUUCAAAAAUGAUACUACAACAUCAACGGACGACAAUAAACAACUAUUUUCAGAUAAAAAACUUGAAAAUCUUUGGGAAAAAGUUCAUAAAUUGGAUUUGAAUGAACGGGAACUGGAAAUUCUGAAAGAAGAAUUGAAAAGCUUCGAAAACCAAUUACAUGAUUAUCGGCAAUUAAUCAAUCAGUAUCACGAUAAAAGAGAAAAUCGAUUAUAUCCUAAUGAUGAUGAUGUUCUUGAUAAUCACAUCGAUCCGGUUAAGGAAUCUCUUGAUAAAGAAAUGAAUGAAAAAAUUCAACAAAAACAUUCAGAGCUCAAAGAAGAAUACAAACGAAUCAGCAAUAUGGUUUAUGAUAAAGAUAUCAAAUUCAAAGGAGAAUUUGAUGAAAUAAAAGCCGCUAGAUUAUGGCAAUUAGCUCUUAAAUCCGAAUUCAAUACCGAUGAACUAGCAGAAUUGAAAGAAAAAUUGCUACAUUUUCAAAAUCGUAUCAAAAAAUUGAACUAUUUUUCUGGCCAACUACAAGCGCACAAUCUUAAAAAACAAAGCAAUGAUUUUGACGGAGAAGAAGAUUCUUCCGGAAAAAAUCUACACAAGCAUAUCGAAAAUCGAGUAAAAGAAUUAGAUGGUCAUGUUAAAAAAUUGCACCAACAAUUGGAACAGCAAAUUCUAAAUAAACAUUCCGAAUUAUAAACAUGAACAUGAACCAAAUUCUUUAAAAUGUAUUAAAUGUGUCUUUUUGUUUUUCCUCGG